UUCAACACUUUCCCAGAGGCUUUAAAUGGUUUUUGACCUGUAAUAGCUAUUUGUGAAUUACUCACACAGCCGCAGCAGAUGGAACUAUUAAUGACACACUCCAAACAAUUGCCUGCAAUCAAUGGUGCAGUGGUAUCCUGACGUUUGGGCUGCCAUUUACAAUGUGGACAAACUGCAAUCACAACAUUUUUGUAGGCCAAGGGAGGAACACGCCCACGACAGUUUCUUCACAGGUCCAACAAAAAGCAGUGGAGAGUGACAGAUUAUAAUGACUCACCUUCACCAACUACCAAAAGCUGGGAUUUUCAAGAGCUGAGAUUCUUUCCACGCAGUGGCAGAAAUUCUUGUAGUCCUAGGAAGACAACACAGACCACUUUCUAAAUGAUGGCAGAACAUGGAGCCCCCUGUGAAGGGCAGGAAGCCACUUUUUGCAUGAAUGGAGGGACGUGCUACAAAAUACCUUCUAUGAACACUCUCUCCUGCGUGUGCAAUGAGGAUUACAAAGGCAGCAGAUGUGAAGAGUACCAGCUCCAGGUCAAGCACACCAAUGCUCAGGAGGCAGGUUUAAUUGCUGCUGUGGUCAUUAUUGCCCUCCUCGUCUUAGCGUUGCUUGGACUUGUCAUCUUCUACGUACGCAGGAUGAUGAAAGCCAAGCAGCAGAGCCAGCAGAAAAAUCAGCACGAGUACUGGAAAGUCAAACCGCGUGUGUAAUUCUGUACAUAUUGGCUUCUCUUUGUGUUGGACGGGAUGAGGAAAUAAUAAUAUGAUGUGACAAUGAAAAAUGAACGGACGGAGGAAAAACUGCUGCACUGACCAUAACUUAAGUUGAGACAAGUGAAGGGCUGAUAGCUGAUUAAUAGUCUCAUGCGAUUUUGGAUUCCAUCCAGUUUGCUACAGAAAGGUGUCAUCCAUUAAAAACGCGCUGACAAACAGGGUGUGAAACAAGUGUGAGUGGGUGGGAAUUGAAUCACACCUUUGUAACACAUUGGAAACUGGUGUUACUCCUGUAAAAUCACAUUUCAAUCAAUGUGCUUUGUCGAGAGAGAUUUUACCUAGCACAGUUGGACUAUGAAAAAUAUUAUAUAAUAUCUAAAUUAAUAACAUUUAUAUGGAAUUUUGAAACUAUUGUAUUAGUUAACUUAUUGUACAUGUUCACUUUUUUGUAAUUGUGUAAUUAAAUCAUUUGACUCUGA